AUGAGCUUCUCGCUGACCUUCAGCGAGCUGGUCAACGUGGCCAUCCCACAGUGUGGCGUGGUCAACUUCAAGGCCCUGCACCUGCUGCUCCAGGCCAUCCUGGACCACGUCCACCUGGCCGAGCUGGAGAAGGUGCUGUCGGGGGAUGAGGACUUCCUGCAGACCUCGCCCACCAGCUUCAUGCCCCGGGAGGCCGACGGCCCGCCCGCCACCACCACGCCCAUGAAGAGGCUCAGCAACGUCUUCGACCACGUGGUGAGCCGCAUCGACAAGGUGGAGAGCCAGCUGGCCACGCUGCAGGCCCUGCCGUCCACCGCGCAGCUGCUGGAGGGCAGCACCGGCACCCAGCGGCCCAUCGAGGACUUGUACCACCUCAUCAAGCUCCGCAAGAUUGUGGAGGGCAACGAGGAGGCCAUGGCCAAGUCCAUACAGACCCUGCAGGAUUUACUCAGCAACACCUACGAGCUCAAGGUGGCCGUUGAGACCCUCAGGAAGGAUGUGGACGGGCUGCAGGCGGUAUGCGGAAAGGCCCAGCCAGGGAAUCUGGACACGUUGCUUAGUAACGUCAGCGCGCAGAACCAGAAGGUGAACGUCCUGCACCGGGAAAUGGCCCCUGUCCCCCACCAGGUGACUCUCCGGGCUAAGGUCCAGUCGAUCCCCACGUCCAAGGACACGGUGCUCUGGACCAGCCUGCACGAGGCCAUGUUCCCGCAGAAAGCGCAGACCCUGGACAACAGCGACCUGCGGAACGAUGGCCUGAGGAAUGUCGCCGGGGAGCUGCCCGUUCUGUUGUCAGGCCCGGUUCUGCUGUCGGACCUGGUUCUAUCGUUGGGCCCGGUUCUGCUGUCGGACCUGGUUCUGCUGUUGGACCUGGUUCUGCUGUCGGACCUGGUUCUGUUGUCGAACCUGGUUCUGCUGUCGGACCUGGUUCUGCUGUCGGACCUGGUUCUGUUGUCGAACCUGGUUCUGCUGUCGGACCUGGUUCUGACGUUGGGCCUGGUUCUGCUGUCGGACCUGGUUCUGCCGUUGGGCCUGGUUCUGCUGUCGGACCUGGUUCUGCUGUCGGGCCUGGUUCUGCUGUCAGGCCUACUUCUGCUGUUGGGCCUGGUUCUGUCAUUGGGCCUGGCUCUGCUGUCGGACCUGGUUCUGCCGUUGGGCCUGGUUCUGUCGUUGGGCCUGGUUCUGCUGUCGGACCUGGUUCUCCUGUUGGGCCUGGUUCUGCUGUCGGGCCUGGUUCUGCUGUUGGACCUGGUUCUCCUGUUGGGCCUGGUUCUGCUGUCGGGCCUGGUUCUGCUGUUGGGCCUGGUUCUGUCAUUGAACCUGGUUCUGCUGUUCGGCCUGGUUCUGCUGUCGGACCUAGUUCUGUUGUUGGGCCUGGUUCUGCUGUCGGACCUGGUUCUGUUGUUGGGCCUGGUUAUGUUGUCGGACCUGGUUCUGCUGUUCGGCCUGGUUCUGCUGUUGAACCUGGUUCUGUCGUUGGGCCUGGUUCUGCUAUUGGACCUGGUUCUGUUGUUGGGCCUGGUUCUGCUGUCAGACCUGGUUCUGCUGUUGGGCCUGGUUCUGCUGUUGGACCUGGUUCUGCUGUUGGGCCUGGUUCUGCUGUCGGACCUGGUUCUGCUGUUGGGCCUGGUUCUGCUGUCGGACCUGGUUCUGCUGUUGGGCCUGGUUCUGCUGUCGGACCUGGUUCUGUCGUUGGGCCUGGUUCUGCUGUCGGACCUGGUUCUGUUGUUGGGCCUGGUUCUGCUGUUCGUUCCGUCAUCGGACCUGGUCCAGCCGUUGGGCCUGGUCCUGCCUUUGGGCCUGGUUCUGCCUUCGAGCCUGGUUCUUCCAUUGGACCUGGUGCUGCCAUUGGACCUGGUUCUGUUGAAGGACCUAGUUCUGUUGAAGGACCUGGUUCUGUUGUCAGGCCUGGUUCUGCUGUUGGGCCUGGUUCUGUCCUUGAGCCUGGUUCUGCCCUUGGGCCUGGUUCUGCAGUCGGGCCUGGUUCUGCAGUCGGGCCUGGUUCUGCUGUCAGUCCUGGUUUUGCUGUCAGUCCUGGACCUGCUGUUGGGCCUGGGCCUGGUUUUGGGCCUUGGCCUGCCCCAGGAUUUGGACCUGGCUUUGGGCCUUGGCCUGCCCCAGGAUUUGAACCUGGCUUUGGGCCUUGGUUUGUCCCUGGAUCUGGGCCUGGAUUUGGACCUGCCCCUGCCCCUGGCCCACAGCUCCCAGCACCGGGAAACUGCCUUCUGCACAGAGACGCCCCCGGCGGCCCCCCCACUGGCCAGGGAGCACAGCUCAGUGUGGCCACGGCCAGUGUGGCCACAGACGCUGGACCCCUACCUGUACAGCAUCUUGGAAGACCAGGAGGAGGUGCCCUCAGAGGGCACAGCAGGACGGGGGCCCCGGGCCCCGGCCGCCAUGGAGGCAGCCCCUAAGUCUCCCGCCAGCCUCAAGAAGCUGAAGACCGACGCCAACAUCGCGGCUGCCGCCGCCGUCGCCUACGCCGCUGCCGCCAGCUCAGCCGCCCGCGCCGCCCAGGCAGCUGCCCAGGCCGUGCAGAAUGUGCCCACCACUCACCUGGCCGCCUCCGCCACCGCGGCGACCACCUCGGGGCCCCUUGGGGCGCUCACAGGCUCCCCAGGUGUGGGGGCCGCUCAGGGGGCCACCUACGACCUCAGAGAGGACCCAGAGCUGAAGCAAGAGCCGAGGGACGCAGAGAUGUCCAGUCUCUUGGGCCCCCUGCUGCCUACCGGGGUCCCUUCCAACCUGGUCAUGUCUCAGACACUGAAGGCCGCCAGGCAGGCCUCGACCCCCGAGGAGAAGAAGUCGGCUGUCCGGCUGUCCAUGAGCCACCUGGCCCUGAUGCCCAUGCAGCACGAGAGCCUCAGGGACGAGUUUGCCAAGCUGGCGUCCACGCUGCAGCAGCGCGUGAGCUACCUCGCGAACAUGGGCGGCAUGGCCGAGCUCAGCAUGACCCUGGACGUGCUGCAGGAGAAGAUCAGCAAUCUCUCGAAGUCCAGGAUGAAGGAGGAAGAACUCGAGAGGAUCUGGGGCCACCAGAUGGAGACCAUGAAGGGCCGCUACAUCGUGCUGGACAAGGCAGUCAGCAAGAUCCAGAUGCGCCUGGAAGACUUGAAGGCCAUCUGGACUCACAUCAAACAUCUGGAAACGGAAAAGGCAGACAAAAGCCUGGUGGAGAAGGAGCUGAAGGAGAAAGCCGACCGGGGCACUCUGGCCACCAAGGCCAGCCGAGCCGACCUGAAGACGCUGUCGUCGGAGGUGAACGAGCUGGUGCAGAGCCUGCUCCUCCGGGUCAUGGCCCACGAGGACAGCUGGAAGAAGAGCGUGGAGCAGCUGAGCGGGGAGCUGGGCACCAAGCUGGUUCGCAGCGACCUGACCGAGCUGAAGGCCGACCUGAGCAAGAUCCGGCAGACCCUCAGGAAGGUGAUGGCCGAAGGCUUGCACUUUGACCCCGACAACGCGGCCGGCUUCAGGAGGAAACUCUUUGAGCAAGUGCAGUGCCUCUCCUGUGACCGGUCUUUGGACAUGAUGACCAGCCCGCAUCUCCUCACUGUCCGCAAAGCCCAGCUGCUGUCCACGCUGCGACCGGUCAGCGCCAACAGCUCCGAGUUUCUGCAGCGGCAGCAAAUGAGGGAACAGCUGCAGGACGUGGGUGCCUGUGACGAUGCCACCCUGAGCGCCCCCCAGCACUGGACUAACAGCCCCGAAAGUCAGACUGGGCCCCUGCUGUCCAUCUACCCUUACGGGGACCCCAGCGUCGUGGACUAUGACACGGCCGAGGUGGACAUCCUGGGAGUGGACGGUGUCCUGUACAAAGGCCGCAUGGCCAGUCAGGAGCUGCCCCCCAUGGCUGACGGGGAGAAAGACCCGGCAGCUCGAGGCCUGGAUGACCGUGGGCGCCAGGGCCCCUUUGGUGUCCUGUACCCCAGGCCCCCAGCCAGCCCCAGGGCUCGCCAGCACCCCAGGAAUCUGGCCCCCGAACCUCCAGCCACCAUUCAGGCUGCCGGGCUGGGCACACGGAUGCUGCCCCAGUAA